AUGGGCCCAACUAUCGACGAGUUUGGGGUGAUUCGAGUAGAUGGUAGAAUGCAGGCCGCGGAUUGGAUGCAACACGAUGCCAAGUACCCGAUUAUCCUACCAAGAGAUCAUCGCAUUACACACCUUAUACUGGACUGGUAUCAUCGACAUUAUGGGCACGCGAAUGAUGAAACUGUCGUCAACGAACUGAGACAACGGUUCAGAAUACCUAGACUACGAGUUGAAUUAAAAAAAGCCAGAAAGGCCUGCCAGUGGUGCAAGGUCUACAAAGUAUUACCUGUGGCUCCAAAAAUGGGUCCGCUUCCACGCGUACGACUGACACCCCUGGUACGUCCGUUUACCUUUACUGGGAUUGACUACUUUGGUCCAUACCAAAUUAAAAUAGGAAGAAAAGCGGUCAAAAGAUGGGUAGUGUUAUUCACCUGUUUGACUUUAAGAGCCAUUCACCUAGAAGUUGUUGCAUCCAUGUCAUCCGACUCAUGCAAAAAAGCUAUCCGUAGAUUUGUAGCACGUAGAGGGGCCCCUGAAGAGGUUUACACAGACAAUGGGACCAAUUUCCUUGGAGUGAGCCGUGAGCUACAAAUGGAAUUGAAGGCGAUUAACAAUGAUUUGGGAAGUACGUUCACCGACACUAGAACUCAAUGGUUUUUCAUACCACCUGCGGCACCUCACAUGGGUGGAUGCUGGGAACGGAUGGUGAGAUCCGUUAAAACAGCGUUGAAAUCGUUGCCAUCUGUGGAUAAAUUUGAUGAAGAAUCCUUUCAUACGGUUCUAAUUGAAGCUGAACACAUGAUUAAUUCAAGACCGUUAACAUUUAUACCGCUUAAGUCGGAGAAUGAAGAAUCGUUAACUCCCAAUCAUUUUUUGAUGUUGGGGUCUCAAGGAGUAUGCCAGGGUGUUAAAAUGGCUGACGUAAAGGGCAAAGUUCUAAGGUGUAGCUGGGACCUGAUUCAGAGUGUAUUACAAAAUUUCUGGCAGCGGUGGGUGGUUGGUUAUUUACCAACUAUUACAAGACGAACAAAGUGGUUUGAGGAUGUUCGUCCGAUCGAUAUUGGAGAUUUAGUCGUAAUAGCUGAUGAGGGUGCGAGAAACCGAUGGAUCCGGGGUCGAGUGAUAAAGGUGUAUCCUGGAAAAGACGGAGUAUCUCGAAUGGCUGAUGUGCAGAGCAACGGGCGAGUUCUAAGUCGUCCGUGUACGAAACUUGCGCUUUUGGAUGUAAGCAGUGAACAUGACGCCGAACGAGAUGUUCUAUCGACAUGA